AUGGCGAAAAGAGACACAUUCCUUCAACUUUCGCGAAGGAGAGUGCACCAUCACACGAAAGGACGUCCCCAUCCUAACCCAUCUGCCCAUUGA